AGCAGCCAAUCAGAUUCAACCGAGCGACGAUUUAAACCAAAAAUGUGUUCCCUUGUGUUAUAUGCUGUGGAAGAAACGCAUUCAUUGAGACUUGUUUUGCAGUUGUGCUAGUUUGACAUGGCUCUUCGUGUAACUCGGAGUUCUCAGCUGGCUGUGAACAGAGAUGCUGCUUCUGGAAAACCAGGAUUGACUGGGAAACAGACCGUGAGGCCUAGGGCAGCGCUCGGGGACAUCGGAAACAAGACGGUUGCGACCCGGCAGCCUCUGAAGAAGGACGCUAAGCCCGAGGGCAAGGUAGCUCUGAGGAAGCCGAGCAAGUCCGAGAAGCUGCCCGAUGAGCAACUCCUCAAAAAGGAUGUGGUCCUCAUGGCGAAGCCUGUGGAGACUGUUCCUGAGCCCCAGUCACCCACACCCAUGGAGACUUCUGGCUGUGCUCCAGAUGACCUGUGCCAAGCCUUCUCUGAUGUCUUGCUGAACAUUAAGGAUGUUGAUGCAGAUGAUUAUGACAAUCCCAUGCUCUGUAGUGAAUAUGUGAAGGACAUCUACAGCUAUCUUUGUGAACUUGAGGUUGACCAAGGCGUCAGACCAAAAUAUCUGGAGGGCCAGGAGGUUACUGGGAACAUGCGUGCUAUCCUCAUUGACUGGCUGGUUCAGGUUCAGAUUAAGUUCAGGCUUCUCCAGGAGACCAUGUACUUGACGGUAGCAAUCAUUGACCGCUUCCUCCAGGACCAUCCUGUGCCAAAGAAACAGCUGCAGCUUGUCGGUGUGACCGCAAUGUUCAUUGCCUCAAAGUACGAGGAGAUGUAUCCUCCUGAGAUCGCAGACUUCGCCUUUGUCACUGAUCGUGCAUACACCACUGCUCAGAUCAGAGACAUGGAGAUGAAGAUCCUCAGGGUGCUCAAGUUCAGCUUCGGCAGACCUCUGCCUCUCCAGUUCCUGCGACGGGCCUCCAAGAUUGGGGAGGUGACAGCUGAGCAUCAUACCUUGGCAAAGUACUUUGUGGAGCUCACAAUGGUUGACUACGACAUGGUUCACUUUGCACCCUCCCUGAUCGCUUCUGCUGCUUUUGCUCUGAUGCUAAAGGUUUUCAGCUGUGGCGAAUGGACGCCCACCCUGCAACACUACAUGGGUUACUCAGAGGACUGCCUGGUGCCUGUGAUGCAGCAUAUUGCUAAGAAUGUGGUGAAGGUGAAUGAGGGACAGACAAAGCACAUGGCAAUAAAAAAUAAGUAUGCCAGUCAGAAGCAGAUGAAGAUCAGUUUGAUUCCCCAGCUGAAGUCUUCAGUCAUCAAGGAUUUGGCCAAACUGUCAUAAUGGUUUAUUGAGCACAAUGUGCUUUCUUGUGUAUAAGUGUUUAUUUUAAUGGCUUUAUAAUUGUUAGUACUUUAUCUACUCUACUGUGACUUGUACAAGAGCUGAGUUUCAAGGAUGAGGUUUCAAACAGCAUCUGCUGCUUCUGUCUUCAGUGAUUUAUACUGUUGGCUGAUCUGCUCGGAGCAGCCUUCGGUCUACAUGAUGGACAGUUGUGGGAACUUGGUGAUUUGAAAUGGCUGGUUAUAGGUCAUUCUUACCUACGCCUUCCAUUUUUGGAAGGUGCAAGAUUUGAUUUGCCGGUCUUCCACCUCUGGGGGGGAGGGGGGGGGGUCACCUUUCUCCAUUUAAAUGACUCAAUGAUGACUGUCAAAUUCAUUUUUUUGCAUCUGUCCUGUAGGCAUGUACUUGUUUUGCUAGCAGUGUUGCUGUGGAUAAGUCAGUUAAGCUGCCUGUGUUUUAUUUGACUUUUUUUUUUAAACCCCAGUUUUAUGUGCUUGGUUUUUAUGCCUUUAUUGUCCUAUUACUUGUGCUAUGCAAUAAAUUGGAAGGUUCCAGGUGUACAUACUCAA